AUGGCUUCGAUGUUCAGGCCACCAGCAUCCAACAGGAGCCACCAAAAGACACCAAAAUUAACGCUUCCAGCGACUUUAGUUCAAAAUUUAAAACCGGCUCAUGAAGGACAAAAUCCCAAUCGAUCACCUUACUCUUCCGUGAAUGAAAGCCCAUAUUCAAACAACCCUACGUCGGCCACGUCGGCCACCUCAUCUAUGGCUUCGAAUUCUACUCUACUGUACAGCCGAUCAACUACGUCUACAAAGUCUACUUUGACAAUGAAAAAUAGACCGAUACCACCACCAUUACCACCCUUAGUCUUAACACAAAAGGAAGACGGCAAAGAACACAUAAUAGCUGACGAUUUUCACAUUUCUGAAAGAUUCUCAAGUUUGCAUGUUGACACAACAUACCAGGAACCUCUGUUGAGUGGUUCUUCCAACAAGUUAGCUGAUAUAGAUACCUCUUUUUUCAGAAGGGACCUGAGCACACCAGGCGGUGAUGAUUCAUAUCCUUCGACACUUCUCUCGGCAUACGAUUUAAGUAGCAGUGGAAGCAAUGCCACCCCUAUAAGUGCCACCAACAUUACUUCUUGUUCCUCCUUAGUACAGGGGAAAGAUGUAGAUCAACUAGAGGAAGAAGCUUGGAGGUUUGGCCAUCUCAAGAACGAAAUCAUAACACUGGGCAUCUUAGGAGAGGGUGCAGGAGGAUCCGUAGCCAAGUGUCGAUUGAAAAACGGAAAAAAAACUUUUGCAUUAAAGACAAUUAAUACCCUAAAUACCGACCCAGAAUACCAAAAGCAAAUAUUCAGAGAGCUGCAAUUUAAUAAGAGUUUCAAGUCUAAUUAUAUUGUACAAUACUACGGUAUGUUUACUGACGAACGGAAUUCCUCCAUAUACAUCGCUAUGGAAUAUAUGGGAGGAAGAUCGCUGGAGGCAACGUAUAAAAACUUGUUAAGACGCGGUGGGAGGAUAAGUGAGAAAGUGAUGGGCAAGAUUGCGGAGUCAGUAUUGAGAGGAUUAUCAUAUCUACAUGAAAGAAAAGUUAUUCAUAGAGACAUCAAACCGCAAAAUAUCCUUCUCAAUGAAAAGGGAGAAAUCAAGUUAUGCGAUUUUGGUGUUAGUGGAGAGGCUGUCAACUCCUUGGCGAUAACAUUCACCGGAACAUCGUUUUAUAUGGCCCCAGAACGAAUACAGGGGCAACCGUAUAGCGUAACAUGUGACGUAUGGUCUUUAGGCUUAACACUACUAGAAGUUGCUGGGGGAAAAUUCCCCUUUGAAUCCGACAAGAUAACACAGAACGUGGCACCAAUAGAAUUACUGACCAUGAUUCUGACAUUUUCUCCCCGCUUGAAGGACGAGCCUGAAUUAGGUAUCAUUUGGAGCAAGACAUUCAAAUCGUUUAUUGAAUACUGUUUGAAAAAAGAUGCCAGGGAAAGACCAUCUCCCCGGCAAAUGUUAAAGCAUCCAUGGAUUGUCGGACAAAUGAAGAAAAAAGUCAAUAUGGAACGUUUUGUCAAGAAAUGUUGGGAAAGUGAAGAAGACGAGUAA